CAAAUCUUCUUCGAAAUUUCAUGGAUCACAUUCAAAUUCUCUCUAAUAUACAAACACUUCUCAAAAUUCACGUUUUCUUUUCACAAAUAAUGAAUGCUUUUCACACUUCUUCACAAUAACCAGCUCAUCAACUUUCAAAUGAAAUGAUUCAUAUCUGGUGAAAAACUUUAUCUUCUUUAGUUUCUAUCAUAUCAUAUUUUGUGUUCAUUCUUUCUUAUUACAUUAGAAUGUUACAUUUAUACAUCACUUUUAUCUUAUUAUUCCAAGUGAAUAAAUAGGUUACAAAGUGUAGUUUUAGUUUUAGCAACAUAACAUGAUACUAUCACUGAAAGGAUGACUGGGACAAUUGUCCUUAGCCAAACUCAUUUUUCAUCACUACCAAAUAAUCAACCCUAUAGCAUUGAAUUGUGCAAUAGUUUCAAUGAAAAAAGAUGGUUAUGUUUACUCAAAAGAUGCAAUAGUAUGGAAGAAUUUAAGCAAGUUCAUGCCCAUGUUUUGAAAUGUGGUAUUUUCUUUGAUACAUUUUGUAUGAGCAAUCUUGUUGCAACUUGUGCUCUAACAAAAUGGGGUAGCAUGGAUUAUGCUUGUUCAAUCUUCACUCAGAUCGAUGAACCGAGUAGUUUUGACUAUAACACAAUGAUUAGAGGAAAUGUUAAUGACAUGAAACUAGAAGAAGCUUUGUUGCUUUAUGUUGAUAUGAUUGAAAGAGGUGUUGAGCCUGAUAAAUUCACUUAUCCUUUUGUUUUAAAGGCUUGUUCUUUAUUAGGCGUGGUCGAUGAAGGAAUUCAAGUUCAUGGUCAUGUUUUUAAGAUGGGUCUUGAAGGUGAUGUCAUUGUGCAAAAUAGUUUGAUCAACAUGUAUGGUAAGUGUGGGGAGAUAAAGAAUGCUUGUGAUGUGUUUAAUGGAAUGGAUGAAAAGAGUGUUGCUUCAUGGAGUGCUAUUAUUGGUGCUCAUGCUUGUGUGGAAAUGUGGAAUGAAUGUCUAAUGCUUCUUGGGAAAAUGAGUAGUGAAGGAAGGUGUAGGGUUGAAGAAAGCACACUUGUUAAUGUGCUCUCUGCUUGCACUCAUUUAGGGUCUCCUGAUCUUGGAAAGUGUAUACACGGGAUCUUGUUGAGGAACAUUAGUGAACUCAAUGUUGUUGUGAAGACUUCGUUAAUUGAUAUGUAUGUCAAGAGUGGAUGUCUUGAGAAAGGUUUACGCGUAUUCAAAAAUAUGUCGGAGAAGAAUAGAUAUUCUUACACUGUAAUGAUAUCUGGUCUUGCGAUUCAUGGACGUGGUAAGGAAGCUCUUAAAGUUUUCUCAGAAAUGAUUGAAGAAGGUUUGGCACCAGAUGAUGUUGUCUAUGUUGGCGUAUUUAGUGCUUGCAGUCAUGCUGGUCUUGUCGAGGAGGGUCUACAAUGUUUCAAAAGCAUGCAAUUUGAGCAUAAGAUUGAACCAACGGUUCAGCAUUAUGGUUGCAUGGUGGAUCUGUUGGGAAGAUUUGGGAUGCUAAAGGAAGCCUAUGAACUCAUAAAGAGCAUGUCAAUCAAGCCUAAUGAUGUAAUUUGGAGGAGCCUUUUAAGUGCUUGUAAAGUUCAUCAUAACUUAGAAAUUGGCAAGAUUGCAGCCGAGAAUCUUUUCAUGUUGAAUCAAAACAACUCAGGCGAUUAUUUGGUGCUUGCUAAUAUGUACGCAAAGGCACAAAAGUGGGACGAUGUAGCCAAGAUCAGAACAAAAUUAGCCGAAAGAAACUUGGUACAAACACCCGGGUUUAGUUUAAUUGAAGCAAAGAGGAAAGUGUACAAGUUUGUUUCACAAGACAAGUCUAUACCUCAAUGGAACAUAAUCUAUGAGAUGAUUCACCAAAUGGAAUGGCAGUUGAAAUUUGAAGGGUACAUACCAGAUACAUCACAAGUUUUGCUCGAUGUAGACGAUGAAGAAAAGAAAGAGAGAUUGAAAUUUCAUAGUCAGAAGUUAGCAAUUGCUUUUGGACUCAUACAUACAUCUGAGGGUUCUCCUUUAAGAAUAACAAGAAAUCUUAGGAUGUGUAGUGACUGUCAUACUUACACUAAAUAUAUUUCCAUGAUCUAUGAAAGGGAAAUUACUGUAAGAGAUCGUCUUCGUUUCCACCAUUUUAAAAAUGGAAGUUGUUCAUGUAAAGAUUACUGGUGAAUUUCAUUAUGUUUAUGAUUAUUUUGUUCUUAAGGUUCCUUUAGAAAUUAAGGGUGGUAUUUUCCUGUCUCAA